AUGUUGGUUUCGAUGAAAGGAACCUCCCCCAGUAUUGGGCAAUCUCUCAAGGCUAUUGCUAUUACACCUUCUCCCUGCACCGGAGAUAUACGCCAGUGUCUUAAGCCCACGUUCGUUACCUAUCCUAUCCUGAAAGCUCUAGGACUGGAUUUACUAGACGCCCUUCCUGUUGAGCUAUUACUAUCAAUAGCAGAUUUUCUUCCCCUCGAGGAUAUCUACUGCCUCUCACUUUGCAACCGUCGACUUCUCGCAAUACUCCGGAGCUGGAAAAAGCAGCAAUACCUGGAAAGAAAGGUCCGGUUGUCUUUCUUACGUCGGCUCGAACGUGAUCACCCACGAUACUUGACUUGCGAUGACUGCUUAGUCCUUCAUGAUUUGGGCAGUAUAUCAGAGCCCUUGGGGUUAUCAUAUCCGACGCAUAAGUACCCGCCUCGUCUUGACUGCCCUGCGCUUAGGCCUAGUUAUAGUACAUGUGGUCGGUCGUGGAUAGUUCCACAUAACCUGUCCAGUGUAUACACUGAUUAUGCAUUUCACUUUUCUCAUCUUCAGCUCACUAUGAGGCUAUUCUAUAGCGGUUUUCAAUACGGGCUUACCACAGAUGCGCUGUCCUUUACCGAAGUGACAAAUGAAACUUUUGAAGGAGACAGGGUCCUCAAACCGACUACUCUAUUCUCCGUUGAGGCACAGAUAUGCCCCAAGCCACCGAGUCUGUAUUUGCGAAUUCAGGAUAUCAUGUCAAUGAAUGACAUGCGGCUACUACACGACAAUGAGUACUAUGAUGAAGUGGACGAAGACUGUUUUGCAAAACUCCAAAUCUGCGAACACAAAUAUAGAACGUUUUGGAUGCAGUCUAUCCCUCGAGAUGUAUACUUGACCCACGAGUAUUCGUCCUGUGACCGUUGCAACACCGACUGGGACAUUGAAUUGUUUGAAAACCGACCAAGUGGUCAUGUCACUAUAGUGAUGACCAGAUACAUCAACCUUGGGCCCGGUCUCAGCUUAGAUGAUCCCCGAUGGAGUGUUCACGCAGGGUCUGAGUGCGAAGAGCCAGUUUGCAAACUGGACUUGAAAUACAUGACCUCGAGUCCUCGGCAUACGUUUGAAGUCCUUACCGAUACCGCACUCGACGACCUGACUUCUCGCAACAUCUCCUACCUCGAAAACGAGAAGUAUCAAACCGCAAUGGUACCAGUCCCAGGGAGUGUGCCUCCUUCAUGGGCUCUGUGGAAUGGGGCAGCUGCACCUUCGUGA